UAAAAAAAUGAAUAAAGAAAACUAGUUACUUUAUUCUCGUGUUGAUUCUUAACUGUCCAAUAUUCUAUCUCGUACAAAAUCGCAGAUCUUACCCCAACCCAACAAAAUUUUCCCUACUAAACAAACCUUACAAGUAGCAUGAUAUGUCAACUAGUAAGAUAUUUUGUUUAAUUUGACUACACUCUUUAUUUUUUAAUUAUUAUGAAUAGAUGAUAAAAGCUUUUGUCUAACUGUAAUUUGCAUGAACCACAUGAGCAAAGCUGAAAAAUUGGCCAACAUAAUGGCCCCAGCUAGAUAAGAUCGCUUACAUGACAAAUCUUCUAUUUCCUUCUAAAGUGUAUAUAUAUAGAGAGAGAACUGGGAACACUCUUUUGAAGAAGUAGAAAAAAAUGGGUGGUCAACAACAGCAUAAAAAGUCCAAGGUUGUGAAAAUAGACUCAUUGAAAUCAUGGGAACAGUACAUCACAGAAGCUACAAAUAAAGGCUACUUUGUUAUGGUUCAUUUCUCUGCUUAUUGGUGCAUGCCUUCUAUUGCUAUGGACCCUUUCUUUGAAGAAUUGGCUUCCACCUAUCAAGAUGUAAUCUUUCUCAAGGUGGAUGUAGAUGAGGUUAAGGAAGUAGCCACCAAGAUGGAAAUCAAUGCCAUGCCUACUUUUUUGUUGAUGAAUGGAGAAACUCCUGUGGAUAAAAUUGUUGGUGCAAAUCCUGAUGAAUUGAGGAAAAGGAUGGAUCAACUCAUUCCUCAAAAUCCUUCUGUUGUAUGAUGACCACAUUGAACAAAUAAAGUUUACCAGAGAUGUAAAUAUGAUUUAUUUCAUGUGUAAAAUAAUGUAUAUUCCAAGAGUAGUAGUGUUGAUUUUUUUAUUAUUUGUAAAUUAUGUGUGGAGUGUAUGUGAAGUUGCUAUUUGAAUAUAUAAAUAUUCUUUGA